AUGGAAGGUUACAUUGCAAUCUAUGAGGAAACUGAGUGGCAGGCUGACCACACCUGUCUGACCACCUGUCAUGUGCUGACCACCUGUCAUGUGCUGACCACCUGUCAUGUGCUGACCACCUGUCUGACCACCUGUCAUGUGCUGACCACCUGUCUGACCACCUGUCAUGUGCUGACCACCUGUCAUGUGCUGACCACCUGUCAUGUGCUGACCACCUGUCAUGUGCUGACCACCUGUCAUGUGCUGACCACCUGUCUGACCACCUGUCAUGUGCUGACCACCUGUCAUGUGCUGACCACCUGUCAUGUGCUGACCACCUGUCUGACCACCUGUCAUGUGCUGACCACCUGUCAUGUGCUGACCACCUGUCAUGUGCUGACCACCUGUCAUGUGCUGACCACCUGUCUGACCACCUGUCAUGUGCUGACCACCUGUCUGACCACCUGUCAUGUGCUGACCACCUGUCUGACCACCUGUCAUGUGCUGACCACCUGUCAUGUGCUGACCACCUGUCAUGUGCUGACCACCUGUCAUGUGCUGACCACCUGUCAUGUGCUGACCACCUGUCAUACAUGA